AUGUCCUGGUUAAGCCUCACAUCCCAACGUCGGGUCCUACGGCUCUGUGCCACUGUAAUUGCUGUGCUUUUUGUUCUUUUCCUCUUGCAUGUCAAAUUCGCUACAAGGACGCCCUUUCAAUAUUCUCCGCUGCCAGCUUCCACACCGGGCCCUCCUCGAAAUGAUUCCGAUCCGGAGGGCCUUCUCCCAAGCGCAGGACAGGCGCCUGCUCUGCCCGCUGAGUAUUCGGCGCUGGCCGACCAGCCAUCUUACUGCGCAGAUCGAUUCGGUAUCACAUAUCUGGAGAAGCUGCGCGACUCGAAAACCGAGUACUGCACUCCAGAAUCGCCCUCGGGCUUGACUUGCUUCCAUAGCCAAACAGCGUCGGACUACCGAAUCGACACGUUCUGCUUCGGGCACGGAGCCGUGUAUGAUCCUGCUCAGCAGAAAUAUAUCAUGAGCUGUCAAUUGCGAGGUGUAGACGGCGAAGGAGCACCCCCCUUUGGAAAAUUUCACAAUUAUUGGUACGGGACAGGCCCUGGCGUUGUGUUCCAAAAGGCCGUCUCCCUCCAGGGCACGCUUGACCAUACCGUUCCUCCCGUGGUCUCGAACCACACAAUCCUCAUUCAGCGAGAAGGGGCGUGGAAUGUCUGGCAUUCUCUCAUGGAGAUCUUUUCCAUGACCAUGACCAUAGAUGUUCUCCGCAUGACUGCGGGCCUCAGCCCACACAGACCGUUCUUCAGUACCGUCGACAUCGCAAACACACAGGUGGUCAUCCUGGAUGAGAUCGAGGAUGGGCCCUACUUUGACCUGUGGAAGAUUUUUGCUCAGCGGCCACCCCUCCGAGUCAGCGAUCUGCCUCCAACCACCGAGUUCGAGAACCUGAUCGUUCCCCUGGCGGGCGGGUCGAACCCCCUCUGGCAGGGUGAUUGGGAGAUCCAUUCAUGCGAAGACUCGGCGUUGGUCCGGACAUUUUCCCGACGGGUCCUCUCACACUUCCAUGUGGAACUUCGCAGGCCCCGGCAGGGCCCCCAGAUCGUGUUGACCUUUAUCGACCGAAGGGAAAGCCGAAAGCUGAUCAAUCAGGAGGAGUACUUCGAAACCGUCAAAGCGCAGUUUCCCCAUGUCACGGUUCAGCUGAUUGACUUUGCCCGCAUCCCGUUCCAUGAGCAGCUGAGGAUUGUCCAGGGGUCUGAUAUCCUGGUGGGCGUGCACGGGGCCGGUCUCACGCACGGUAUCUUCCUCCCAUCCGGCUCUGCGAUGGUCGAGAUUCUCCCGCCGGGUUUGAACCACAAGGGCUUCCGGAAUGUUGCUUCGCUACUGGGACAUUUGUAUUUCAGUGCACACGCAUCGAAGCCGGCUAUGUCUUUGACGGCACGCGACGAUUGGCAUGCCGAUGAUGUUUACCUCGGACGUGACAAGUUCAUGGAUAUAAUGAAUGUUGCCAUCAAGGCUUUGUAUAACAGAGGAGAGCGGAACUACGAUGUGGACUAA